AAAAAAUGGCAGCAGUACCGAACUGUGUAAAAAAUAUGUCAUGUUAAGCUGAAAUGUGAACCAGGGGGCGGAAUAGAUUUUAGAAAGACGUGACGUGGUAAAUCAUUCAUCGCUGGUUAACGUUUCACUGGUGAAGGAUCAGCUAACUAGCUCCGUGCUAGCUCCUUUCGUUAGCAAGCUAACAAAGAGCCGUUGCUCCUCCUCGCUCUCUACGCUCGAUGUUGCCAUUUCAAAUAGCUCUGGUGUCAUUUACAAGGCGGCGAAGAAAUAGUGAAACUGGACUGGAGGAUAUUCCGAGCGUCUGGCCGUCCUCUCAUUUCCCACAAUAGGAAGUUUGGUGCCUCUUGUAGGCUGUGCAUGUUUGUUCCUCAUCAGUGAGUCCUUAUGCUUGAGAGAACCUGCACCCUGCGUCUUACAGGAUGGAUGGUAUGGACUUAAAGAGACUUGUGAAUCAACAUCGGCAAUCUGUGCUCUGCUGUGGUGUUCAAUCUUUUACAAUUUACAAGAGAACACCCCCCAUCCUACACCUCCAGUCUCUGCGCUAUACAUAUAAAGACCGUCUUUAAGCAGUAAAAAAGACAGCUGGAGAUAGAAGUUGUAAGACUUUCUAUCUUUUUUCUUUUCAAAGCCCAGAUUGAUACUGCUUAUAUAAGCUUAUAUGGCGGACAUGGAAGUAUCCUUAUUUUAAUUUUUUCGAUUAUAGUACCCGCUUACUCUUAGUGUGGGUGGUGGGAUGUCGGAAAAGCCAGACGACAAAAUGGUGAAGUUCCUGGCUCCCCCUCAGAAGAGUGGAAAUGGCCCCAGUUCUGGUUCAGAUUCGAUGGUGAGUGACUGUCGGCCAACCGAAGUGAGACGCCGGCAUCACACAAUGGAGCGUGAUCGCUGUAACCCCGAACACCGCUUCCUACGCCGCAGUGUCAUCAGUGAUUCAAAUGCUACGGCAUUGGCCCUCCCUUUACCCAGCAAAAUCCCGAUCCCUGCACCUCAACGGGUUCAGCCACGUGAAGUGGCACCCCAGCGGCAACAGGCUGCCGUGGGUGCCCAUUUGCCAAGGGCUGAACCAAGUUUAGCUAAACAUGAGGAGCCUGCUCAAAGACGAGGUAGUGAAGACGAAGAAGGAAGAGAUAUAGAAAUAGCCAAGGUGGAUGUAGUGCCUUCAGAGCAAGAGCCUGUCAGCGUACAAGAUAUCUGUGAUGGAGAGGUGGUGGUAGCAGCCCACUCCGCACCAUGUUUAGGAACAGAAUUGCCAAGUCAAACAGAACCUGAAAGCACCACCGAGGUUAAGGUGAAUCAUGAAGAAGAGGGGGAGGAAGAAGAUAAGGACUCUGCCAAGGCACGGGCAGAAGCAGAGCAGAGAGAAGCGGAGAAAAAAGUGCAGGAGGACAUCGAAGAGGCAGAGACCAAAGCAGUGGGAACAUCACCGGAUGGGCGUUUCCUGAAGUUCGAUAUAGAAAUUGGACGUGGCUCCUUCAAGACUGUCUACAAAGGCUUGGACACUGAGACCACAGUGGAGGUGGCUUGGUGCGAGCUGCAGGAUCGUAAGCUGUCAAAGACGGAGAGGCAGCGCUUUAAGGAGGAAGCAGGGAUGUUAAAAGGACUACAGCAUCCCAACAUUGUCCGCUUUUAUGACUCCUGGGAGGGACCAUCCAAAGGCAGGAAGUGCAUUGUACUGGUCACUGAACUCAUGACUUCUGGCACACUCAAAACAUAUCUGAAGCGGUUCAAGGUGAUGAAAAUUAAAGUACUGCGGAGCUGGUGUAGACAGAUCCUCAAGGGACUCCACUUCCUUCAUACUCGGGCUCCCCCCAUCAUCCACAGGGACCUUAAGUGCGACAACAUUUUCAUCACUGGCCCAACUGGAUCUGUCAAGAUCGGAGACUUGGGGCUGGCCACACUGAAGCGUGCGUCAUUUGCCAAGAGUGUUAUAGGUACCCCUGAGUUCAUGGCGCCUGAGAUGUAUGAGGAGAAGUACGACGAGUCAGUGGAUGUGUAUGCCUUUGGAAUGUGCAUGCUGGAGAUGGCCACCUCAGAGUACCCUUACUCAGAGUGCCAGAAUGCUGCACAGAUCUACCGCAGAGUUACCAGCGGGGUGAAGCCGGGCAGCUUCGACAAGGUGGCCAUUCCAGAAGUGAAGGAGAUCAUCGAGGGAUGUAUUCGCCAGAACAAGGACGAGAGGUACUCAAUCAAGGACCUUCUGAACCAUGCCUUCUUCCAGGAGGACACAGGGGUGCGAGUGGAGUUGGCAGAAGAAGAUGAUGGAGAAAUGGUGGCUAUUAAGCUGUGGCUGAGAAUUGAGGAUGUGAAGAAACUCAAGGGGAAAUACAAAGACAACGAAGCUAUUGAGUUUUCGUUUGACCUCAACAAAGACGUCCCAGAGGAUGUGGCUCAGGAGAUGGUUGAGUCUGGUUAUGUGUGUGACGGCGACCACAAGACCAUUGCAAAGGCCAUAAAGGACAGGGUGUCUCUAAUUAGUCGUAAGAGAGCACAGCGACAACAGGUCCGAGAAGAUCAGGAGAAGAGGAGGAUAGAAGAAGAACAGCAGAGUCUACUACUGCAAGCACAGCAACAAGGCCAACAGCCGGGCACAGAGAUGCCUCAGUCCCAGCCUGUGCGACAGCCAGCUUCUUACGUCCCUUCACAACCAACCCAACACAGCACACAGAUUUCUGCCCAAACUCCAUCUCAGCAGAGCCUUCAGAGCUCCAACUACAGCACUUCUCAAUCAGUGCAACUGACUGGCAUGCCACAGGGGGUCCCGUUUGUCCCCCACUCAACUGGACAACUCCCAGGGUCAGUUCAGGGUCAGAGUGUGGCCCCCAUCCAGCCAGAGUCAGAGGAGCCUGAGACUGACCAACACCAACAAAUACAGCAUGGUGGAGGGGCUGUUCACAUGGGAGACAGACCACCUGCUUCCUCCAUCCAUCCUGAAACCCAACCUCCUCAGUCUGGAAUAUCAUACAGCUCCCCUUCGGGUCAGCAUGUGCAGCCCCAGGUGUCAUGCCCGCAGACACAAAAUGAUCAAACGCAGCAGCAGCAGCAGUUGUCGGUGAUUCAACCUCAGAUGCAAGGUGUUCAGCCUGAAGUUGUUCCUGUUGCACCAGGCAGCCAGCCUGUUCCAGGGGCACCUCCACAGUACGGCGUUUACUACCAACCAUCGCUUCCCCCUCAGAUUCCCACCCAGCAAGUGAUGAUACCCCCAUCUUCUCAGUCGUCCUCCCCCCAACAGCAGCAACAGCCAGAGAGUAGCAGUACUCUACAGAUCUCCAGUCUACCACAGACACAACAGCUACAGUCUUGCGCCAGUGAUCCAAGUCCUCCUAUCAUGUCUCCUCCAGUCAACGCAGAGCAUCUAUACUUCCUCUAUCAGGCCUCAUGCCUCUCUGUACUGCAGGCCCCUGUGAGUGUUCCUCAGUCAGCACCAGUGGAGCAGCCUGCAGGAUCCACUGCUCUGGUGCCACCAUCUGUAGAAAGCUGUCUGUCAGAUGCAGCUUCAGGUCUUAGUGACGGCAAUGAUGGAAGCUCCACAUCAGGAGGUCGCCAUGAGGGACGCUCACUGAAGCGCCACCAGCGGCGAUCUGUACGCAGCCGCUCCCGUCACGAAAAGACUGCAAGGGCCAAGCUAAAUGUUCUCAGCAUCUCUAAUGUGGGAGACAGAGUAGCAGAGUGUCAACUGGAAACACACAACAGGAAGAUGGUGACAUUCAAGUUUGACCUUGAUGGAGACAAUCCGGAGGAGAUUGCACAGAUCAUGGUACAGAGUGAGUUCAUCUUGGAGAGUGAGCGAGAGUCCUUCAUCGAGCAGAUCCGUGAAGUCAUAGAAAUGGCCGACGAGAAAGGAGAGGGCAUGAAGGAAGGUUUUCCGCAGAUAAGUGAUCACCCGCAACAGCCCGAGCUGUCUGUUCCCAUGAUGCCAGGUAUUUCCCCCAGCACUGCAGCCCAGGUGGUGCAUUCAGCAGGACGAAGGUUCAUCGUCAGCCCAGUGCCAGAGUCCCGUCUCAGAGAGCAGUUCUUUGGCGCUCCGUCUGCUAAUACCUCCUUUGGAGAUGAAUCUGCACCAGGUCCUAUGACAUUGGGUCUUUCUCUAUCUGCUCCAACUGGGAUGCUCCAGCAGGCCUUCAGUAAAAUGAGGGAGGCUCGUAUAGAGAGAAGCAAUACUCUUGAUCCCCCUGCUGUGGAGCAAGAACCAGGCCCUGUCCAGUCCAGUGAAGCUGGAAUUGGCCCAAACUCAAACCUGGCUCCUCCAGAGGUUUCUACCACAGGCACUUCUUUUCCUGCUGUACCUCUCUCAUCCACUGCAACAUCUUCACCACCUGCCUCAACUGGGAGAGUUUCCCCUCCACCCAUCUCUGCUCAGUCCCAAACUACAGCUCCUGUCACCAGUGAUCAAAGUCCAGCACCUCAGUCUUCACACGAUGCAGGCCCCUCUCAGCAUCCACCAGCUGCUGUCAUUCCUCCCUCAUCUUCCACCAUCUCUCCUCCAUCAGUCCAGACCUCCGUCCCGGCCGUGACAGGGCCUCAGUCUUCUGUUGCUAUUGUCACACCCAGUAGUACCGGUACUGUCCCUGCUACAGAGCAGCAGCCUUUUAAUAGCGCUGUUUCGUCCUCUCAGCCUAUGAGUUCGUCCAUUCAUGCAACACAGCACAACACCUCCCAGCCUGUCACCAUUUCCUCUCAGCCCCCUCCUCCUGCCUCACUACCCAGUCAGAGCCAGGUCCAGCCACAGCCAGUGGAGUCAGAAGGAGCUGACCUCCAGACCAAGACAGCUGGUAGGGAUGAUAUCCAAGCUCUAGAUAAGAAGCUACGCUCCCUCUUUAAAGACCAGAGCACCACCUCGUCCUCAUCAAUGGAUCCCAGUCAGAACACAGGCACCUCUUCUCCUCCGGCUGGGACUGCUUCCCCUCCACCAGGAGCCGCCAUGGUGCCUCCAUCAAACCUUCCCCUCAGCUCUGGGGUGCAGGGUGUCCUGGGCCCCACAACCACCCCAGGACAGGGUAUUACCCCUGCAGGACAUGCACAGACACCUCCAACUAAACCAAGGGCACAGACGUUACCGACUGGUUUUGAUCAAGCUGCUACUCCUCCCUCUGACCUUGUUCCCCCAUUUCCUGGACCAAAUCAGUCACAACAGCCCCUGGGUAAUUUGGAUGCCGAGUUGAGGAGAGCUCUGAGUCCAGAGACUGUUCAGGGUGGUAACAGAGUUCAGCCUCCAGCAGCUGGUUUCACUCUUGGACGUUUUCAAGUAUCUGUUGCCAGUGAUGGCACGUCCAGCAGCAUUCCAGGUCCAGCCAGCAUUGUUUCCUCUUCGUCUAUGACACCGUCCUCUUCCUCUACCUCCUCCUCUUCCUCCUCUUCUUCCUCGUCCUCCUCGUCCUCCCCCUCAAGUCCAGAAAAUACCCUCCACCGGUCAUCCAAUCUGGCCAAAGGAGUUUGUGAAUUUGACGCUCUCCCAGCUGGUCCGGCCAGUCAGUCCACCACUAUCGGCCGCUUCCAAGUGUCCACGAGCACUAACGCCACAUCUGGGCCAACCACUGGUUCUAAAGUGGGACGUUUCUCCGUCACGGUGACCCCAGCUCCAGCAGCAGGCCCAAGUCCUUCACCUGGCUCUGGUAUCCAGAACGGGCCCUCAUCCUCAAACUCUGAGCCUCAUAACACACACACUCAUUACAGUAGUGACAAUGACGAUGACUCUGAGGCUGAGGAUGAGGCCUUGCAGAAAGAAAUCAGUCGUCUCAGAGAAAAACACAUGCUGGAGAUCCAGGCCUUGCAGUCCCGUCAGAAGGAGGAGAUAGAGGGUCUGUUCACACGGAUGGGAAAACCCCCACCUCCCUCUGUUUGCUCCCCUGCUGUGGCGAUGGCUGGAGGUCGACGCAGGCGCAAAAGCCACAGAUCUGCUCGCAGUAGUGGACAGCCCAGCCCUGUACACUCAGGAUCUCCAGCCUCGGCUCAGAGUGUUCAUGGUUCAGAAUCCUCUCCAAAGCAAAGUCCACCCUCAGCAACAGAGACAUCACAAGCAGCCAACAGAUCAUCCAUACAGCAGCUCAGAUCCUCUCCAUCCAUGCCCAGCCUUAGUAGUUGCUCUACAGGAUCGAGUGUGACCGGCUCUAUAAAUGGUUCAGGCAACUGCCAGAAUCACUCUGCCUCCCUGAAUCAGGCUACUGGACCUACUCCUCCUGCCUCUCACACCCAGAAGGGCAAGGGCACCUUCACUGAUGACCUGCACCAACUGGUAGAUAACUGGGCCAGAGAUGCCAUCAGCCUCUCCCAGUGCAAGAGAGGGCCUAAAACUGGAACACAGGCAGCAGUGGGACAUGAUAUCAUUCCUCCAACCAACAUGGGCCGUAAAUUCUCAGCUCCAGGGUAUCUCUGCCCAUCACUUCCCACGCCCUCCAGCGCCACGUCCACCACCUCCACGCACCUCCCCAACCCAGCCAACCCGUCUGUCCCUUUGGGGCCUCGCAAAGGCUCUCUGGGUCCAGUCGCCCCGGGGUUUGGAUACACCUCAGCCCCGUACAGCGCUCCUCAGUGGGCAGGACCCACAGGCACAUGCCAGGUCGGCAUACAGUACCAGCCGCCUACAACAGCCUCAGUUUCAAUGCACCAAGGCUACCACCUGGGGACCACACAAGCCCCCCAGACAUCAGUGAACCCCGGAGGGUCCAACCUGAGGCCUACGUAGCCCAGUCAGCCCCGGUCCAGGCUGAGACAGAGGGCCACGCAGGGCAGAGAGGCCAGACAGUCAAGAACCACUAGCUCCCUUUGCUGGUUAUCUGGCUGGAUGUUGUGCUUUUUAUUUUAUUUCAACUUUUAUUAUUGUGUUUUUCUCUGUAAUAGAGUUGACCUGUGUGGUUCAAGUCCCCUCAGGCAGAAGGAAAUCUGUCUGGCAAAAUUGGAGGGAGAGUGCAAUACACAUCCACAGCACAUGAGUCUCACACUUAGCCUGCCAUUAGCUGUGGAAUCGAGCUGUGACGAGUCGGUUGGUCGUGUCUGGCGAUGUAAUGACCCAAAGGCAUAACCAACAGCAGCCAAAGAUGUCUUUUGAGAGCAGACGAAAUGUCGUCAUUCCUUUUGAAGAGGAGAAGGUAGGAGGGAUUCUGGUUCACAUCCGUACUGGUCCUAAUUUGACGGCGAGUUGGGACUGAAGACAGUUGAACUCAUACACACAAAGACACAUGUGCGCACGCACACACACACACUCACAUCUAACUACACAUCAAUCUGGUUAAGUUGACUUGGGAUGGUUGGUUAAGUUGUCUCCGACAGUGAGGAGGAGUGUACUCGAAAGUGGGAGAUAAGACAGUUUGUCUCGGAGUGUGAGGUGGAGGAGUUUGGAGAAGAAAGACAAAGUAUGUUAGGCAGGAGUGUAAUGGAAAGGGUUGCAGUAUGAACACAUCCCAGUGGCUACCUAUUGAGUAAAAUGCAAUAAUGGCAAAGAGUAGAUAUACUGUCCCUUGUAACUGUGGCCUUAAUCCCCCAACACAUUCAAACAUUGACUUUGUACAUAGAUAUUUCUUCACUGGGUUAUGAUUCCAUGUUUAGCAUAUAUUUAUGUCCCUGUGAGAGUCUGGUGUCAUUGUGCUUUGAGUUGUCUCUCCAUACAGAGUUAUUAUCAUCCUGAUUUAUUCUUCACGUCUGAUAUGUAAGCCAGUGGAUCUGCCAUAUGAAAAAGCCUGGUGUUGACCACCAUUCAGACGAGGUGAUGCUGCUGUAAAUCACAAUCUUGGUAGGAGAGCGUUUGCAGGGUUUUUGUUGUUUACGUGAGAAUGAAAUCUUGUCACGAAUCCCAUGUUGACACAUGAAAACAUUUUAUUUAGUGCUUAGCAGUGAGAUACGAGCAGCUCCAAAUCCUGCUCAUGAUAUCCUACAUAUGAAAUAGUUUUGUUUUUUGCAGUAGUAUUUUGUGGAAGGGAUUUGUCUCAGUUCUUUAGACAGGUAGUGCACAGUAGUCAGAUAAACAGGUUGUUAGUGAAGUCAAGUUAAAUAUCUCCGCUCAUAACAUUUAGCCGUCACUUCUCAAAUCACAAGUGUCUGGGGUUCUCUUUCUGUGGUGUUUUUGUAUGCGUAUAUUUAAUAAAACAAAUGUUCUUUAUGGACCUGUAUUCAGCCAUCAGAUUUUGAUGUUGUUUCACUGUAAUUAUUAUUAAAGGUUGUUAAACAACAUGUAGUUAAAGGAAUAUAAAAAGUGCAAUUGCAGGGUUGUUAUUGGUAUGCUUGUCACCAGGCAGGAGUGAUCCUGCCGUUUAUUAAGCUCUUAUAUCUUAUGACCGCCCUGCCCCCCCUUUUUUCUAUUUAAUUGUAUAUAUGUUAAUGUGAGGUAAAUGCUUUCACCUACUGCUCAGUCACUAGAGUAUGCUUGUGGUGACCCACUCUACAUGCACAUGCACUCGAACCUGUAAACACGAGGAACACUUUAGUGCCUUGCAUCCUCACUAAUGACAAGUUCCAGAUUCAUCUAGUCCUGUAGCUGUGACUGUACUGCAGAAAACCAGUGAACUAAAACUGUACACAACGUAAACACAACACGUGGCUGCAUAACUGUCGCACGGCCAGACUGAACACCACACACAGGACUGCAGAACAAAGAGCACACUGAGUAAUGUGGAAACCGUUUGUUUUUCUCUCUACAGUUACAUUUGUGUUGGUUGUGUGAUCAGCUGUGUAUUUAUAUUUGGCUCAUGCAUUCAUGGAUUUUUGGCUGACGUUUUGUUUUUUUUGUGGAUUCAUCAUAAUUCGUCAUUAAACCGUUUUAAUAGAAGCACUUGUUCAGGCAGCGAGUGAGCUGUGGAAAGGUUGAAGAGUCGCCCUCACGCGGGCUCACCUUUGGUUUCACCCACGUCACACGAGUGCCAUGCUGUCAUUGUGACUCUUUCGCCUGCUCGUAGAUUUGGAUGAAUAGUUAAACUUCUCUAGAGAAAAAAUAAGUUACUGCAAUGCAGAAUAUGCAAUGUUUAAAGUUUUAAAGGGACUGACGGGGUAAUGGAAACAUUUGCAUGCUGAAGAGGGUUGUUACUGACUUCAAUGUUUUUGAUAUUGGAAUAUUAGAGAUCUUUGUUUUUUAUUCUUUGCCUUCCUGUGAGUCAUCACUUAAGUGUCGAUCUGUUCAAUUUUGCCAUUUGCCAAAAUCACAGGCACAACUUCAAUAUCAGACUAUCAGCUUAUGAUUUCUGCAUGCCGGCUUCACUGGUGUUUAAUCUUACAAAUUGCAAACAACUGGCCACUGUACAGCACAAACUCAGCAACGUUUAAGGUCCACAUGCUACUAUGCUACUAUCAGUAACUAUCACAGCCCUCUACACAGCGAUGUUGGAGGCGACUGACACGCAGUUAACCCUGUAGAGCUCUUAUUUCUGAUCCCUCCUUACUGACUUCCUGUGAUUCAGUGUCUGUUUUGUGUAUGUUUUUCACAUUGUAUAAAAUGUAAAAACAAAUAAAAAUAAUAUCAAUUAAA